UUGCUUGAGUCUUGUCUUUUGUACUUCCCGGCAAUUUCUCUCUCUCUCUCUUUAUCACUCACCAAAGAAUAGAAGAAAGGACAAAGAAGUUAUCUUAACCAAAGAUGCUGACUUAUAUGGAAGUACAUCUGUACUUCACCCUCCCGGUGCUUGCACUGCUUGCCUUCCUCUACAAGCCAUUCUUCACCACAAAGGACCGCUUCAAGUAUAUCUUCCUCUGCACUGUCGCAUUCGCCACUGCGUCUCCCUGGGACAACUACAUUGUAUACCACAAAGCCUGGAGCUACUGUCCAGAGUGUGUCACGGCUGUGAUCGGAUAUGUUCCUCUUGAAGAGUACAUGUUCUUUAUCAUCAUGACUCUCAUUACCGUCACAUUUACUAGUCUGACAAUGCGUUGGACUCUGCCCAGUUUCUUUAUCAGACCAGAGACCCCCGUAUUCCAGUCCGUUUGUGUCCGCUAUAUCCCUAUUGUCGGUUUCUUGACAAUCGCUGCAAAGGCCUGGGCCAGCAGUAUCCCCGAUUCACACCCCUUUUACGGUGCUUGUAUCCUCUGGUACGUCUGUCCAGUCCUUGCCCUUUUGUGGAUCGGCUCUGGUGAAUACAUGCUUCGUCGCUGGAAAGCAGUCCUGUUCUCCAUCGCUGUCCCAACCAUCUUCUUGUGCUGGGUUGACCAAUAUGCCAUUGCCCGCGGCACCUGGGACAUCUCCAGACGCACAAGCACUGGAAUCAUGGUCCUGCCCAGUCUUCCCUUGGAAGAAUUCCUCUUCUUCUUGCUCAUCGACACCGUACUUGUGUUUGCCUCCUGCGCCACCGACCGUGCCCACGCUAUCGUCCAUAUCUACAUCACCCCUAUGAACCACAACAAGGUCUCCACAUGGUACAUGGACUUUUUCUACCUCUGCUGGGCAUUCCUGCAGACCGACCAGGCACUCAGUGGAGAAACCCUGAGCGAUCUCGAUGCCACAUGGCGUAUUCUCCGUGAAGCUUCGGCCUCAUUCUACACUGCCUCUUCCGUGUUCUCCUUUGAAGCCCGCCAGGACCUCGGCGUGCUCUAUGGCUUCUGCCGUGCCACCGAUGACCUUGCCGACAACAACGACGUGUCCGUCCCAGACCGCAAGAAGCAGCUUGAACUCGUCCGUGGCUUUGUGCGCCAGAUGUUUGAUAGCAAGCACGGCCACCCCGACAUCGAUUGGACCCAGUACAGCGGCAGCAUUCCUGACUCGUUUAUCGCUGCCUUCCGCAGCUUCACCCGCCUCCGGGACGUUUUGGAAAUCAAGGCCGUCGAGGAGCUUUUGGAUGGCUACACCUUUGAUCUCGAACAGCGUGAGGUUAAGAACGAAGACGACCUUGUCUACUACUCUGCCUGCGUGGCCAGCAGUGUUGGCGAGAUGUGCACCCGUGUCCUGAUGGCUUCUGAGCCCGGAGGAAACCGCACAAUGCUCAAGUGGACUGUGGAACGUGCACGCGAUAUGGGACUUGCCCUCCAGCUCACCAACAUUGCACGCGAUAUCGUGACUGACAGCAAACAGCUCGGAAGAUCCUACGUACCCCGCGACUGGCUGACCAGCCAAGAGUCUGCAUUGCUCAAGGCUGGAAAGGCCCGCGAGCUUGGUGACGAGCGUCUGCGCCAGAUUGCACUCAAGAUGGUCUACACCGCCGACGACCUCAACCUGAUGGCCAGUCGUGCGAUCGAUUACUUGCCUCCAAGCUCUCGAUGUGGUGUCAGAGCCGCCUGCAACGUCUACACUGCCAUUGGUGUCUCUCUCCACAAGGCUAACGGCUAUCCCGAUCGUGCUCACCUGACCAAGCUCGAACGUAUGAAGGUCACCUUCAGAUGCGUGUACGGCUUCCGGAAGGGCCACCAGGGUGUUCAAGGUGAUCGUGGAAAGUCACAGGCCUUUACUGUCAUUUAAAACCAAAAAAAAAAAGAAUAAGAAGAAAAAGAGGAAUGGUUUUUUUCUCCAUGUUCUAUUCAAUUUUGAUUAUGACUUUUUUUUUAUUGUCAUUAUCAUUAUCAUUAUCAUCAUUAGCAUACUUUUAUAAGUGAAUGGUGCUUAGUACUGUGGUAACAUUAUUCACUGUUUCUUUUCUUUUAUUAACCUUUUGAUCGUCAUUAGAUACCAAACGUUAAAGGCAUUUUCUCUAAAGAAUUUCCUUUAUCAUUUCUUUACCUCAAUAUCCCUACCACCAUUACCACCUCCAAAUGUCACUCACCUACUCACUACACUCCAUUGAUAUACGCACACACACACACAAUUUGUCCUCCUGUUUUUUCUUUGCUAUUUAUUAAAUACAUCAUAUUUUGCUCUCUCUCUCUCUCUCUUUGUUCAUUUGGGUUUUUAUUAUUCUGUUUUUUUUAUAUACAUAUAUAUAUAUAUAUUAAUAUUUAUAAUAAAUAACUUCUUUAUAUAUAC